AUGUAUGGCACCGACUGGACGCCCCUCACGGCAGCCGUGGCCGGAGGCCAUUUGGAGGCCACGAAGGUCUUACUGGAAAAUAGGGCGGACGUCAACGUGAUUUGUUGCUGCUGCACAGCCAGUGGCCCGUACAGCUUCUGGACGGCCUUGGACAUUGCACGCACAGGGGACACACUGCCCUUCGAGCGGGAUCCUGAGAAGCAGAAGCAGCCGAGGCAUCCGAAGAUCGAGAAGAUGCUGUUGGCUGCAGGGGCGAAGCCAUCAACGAAACUCCCAGAGCCCCCACGCAUGAAUACGUACGGCAAUUUGGCUGAAAAGGGCGAGCGCAAGAAUCCUUGCUUGAACGAGCAUGGCUUUCCGCUUCGCCCCAAGCACCUCUACACCGAAGAGGAAGAGGAGCGGUUGCGCAACGCACCGGGCGCACCCAAGUUCGGAAGCCGACCAGGCGGUGGUGGUGGUUGCCCAAUGAGCAGUAUGGGCGUUUUCGGGAUCGGCACGAGCAAAGACGGCAGCAGGAUCUACACCGGAGAUGCGUCCUCGACGGCUAUCCGCACAUGA